UGCUGCCUCCUUCCAGUCUCGCGCAAUCGAUCGCGUUUCGCGUACAACUUUUCGGUGCCACCUUCCUCCGGAAAUUCCAGCGGUUCCGCCUGCCGGAAAAAGUUCCCCGAGUGUCAAAAAAAGUCCCCGUAACCGAACCGCUUCGCGAUGACCAUCAGCUGCCUGCUGCGAAUACGCCCGGCGUUGGCCAAAUCGUUUUUCGAGAAUGGCCAGCGUGCGUUCGCGAGUCACGCGGCGUUUGCCGAGCAUGCGAAGCUGGAGCGCAUUCGGAACAUCGGCAUUUCGGCGCACAUUGACAGCGGCAAGACGACGCUGACGGAGCGGAUUUUGUUUUACACCGGCCGGAUCAAGGAGAUGCACGAGGUCAAGGGGAAGGACAAUGUGGGUGCGACCAUGGACUCGAUGGAGCUUGAGCGGCAGCGGGGGAUUACGAUCCAGAGUGCGGCCACCUAUACGGUGUGGAAGGAUCAUAAUAUUAAUAUAAUUGACACGCCGGGGCAUGUGGACUUUACGGUGGAGGUGGAACGUGCGCUGAGGGUGUUGGACGGAGCGGUGCUGGUUCUGUGCAGCGUCGGUGGCGUCCAGAGCCAAACGUUGACCGUGAACAGGCAGAUGAAGCGGUACAAUGUGCCGUGUUUGGCGUUCAUCAACAAGCUCGACCGGAUGGGGGCCAAUCCGUACCGGGUUCUGGGCCAGAUGAAGUCCAAGCUGAACCACAACGCGGCGUUCAUUCAGCUUCCGAUCGGUGUGGAGAGUAACUGCAAGGGCAUUGUGGAUCUGGUCAAGCAAAAGGCUCUUUACUUUGACGACCAGCUGGGAUUGACGGUGCGCGAGGACGAGAUCCCGCAGGACAUGCGAACCGAGUGUGACGAACGACGCCACGAGCUGAUUGAGCAGCUGUCGAACGUGGACGAUGCAAUCGGGGAGUUGUUUUUGGAGGAGAAAACGCCGACGCCGCAGGAUUUGAUGGGUGCGAUUCGGAGAUCGACGUUGAAGCGAACUUUCACGCCGGUUCUCGUUGGGACCGCCCUUAAGAACAAGGGAGUUCAACCGCUGUUGGAUGCCGUACUUGAUUAUCUGCCAAACCCCGGUGAGGUCGAGAACCUUGCAAUGAUCGAGAAGAAGGGCGAGGAGCCGCAGAAGGUCUUUCUGAAUCCGGCUCGGGAUGGCAAGGAUCCGUUUGUAGGGCUGGCGUUCAAGCUGGAAGCGGGUCGCUUUGGUCAGUUGACCUACCUGCGAUGCUACCAAGGCGUACUCAAGAAGGGCGACAGCAUUUUCAACGUACGAUCCGGCAAGAAGGUUCGUCUGGCUCGGCUGGUGCGACUUCACUCGAACAACAUGGAAGACGUGAACGAAGUCUACGCCGGGGACAUUUUCGCCCUGUUUGGCGUGGACUGCGCCAGCGGAGACACUUUCGUGACCGACCCCAAGCUCGAGCUGUCCAUGGAAUCGAUUUUUGUCCCCGAUCCGGUCGUCUCAAUGGCCAUCAAGCCCACAAACACCAAAGAUCGCGACAACUUCUCCAAGGCCGUGGCCCGUUUCACCAAGGAAGAUCCCACGUUCCGCUUCGCGUACGACCCCGACGUUAAGGAAACGCUCGUCUCCGGCAUGGGCGAACUGCACCUGGAAAUCUACGCCCAACGCAUGGAGCGCGAGUACAACUGCCCGGUCACCCUGGGAAAACCCAAAGUCGCCUUCCGCGAAACGCUCGUCGCUCCGUGCGAGUUUGACUACCUGCACAAGAAGCAGUCGGGUGGACAGGGUCAGUACGGUCGCGUUACGGGCAUCCUCGAACCGCUACCCCCGCACCAAAACACGGUCAUCGAGUUCACCGACGAAACCAUCGGCACGAACGUCCCCAAGCAGUUCGUCCCGGCCAUCGAGAAAGGCUUCCGCCAGAUGGCCGAAAAGGGUCUCCUCUCGGGUCACAAGCUGUCCGGGCUCAAGUUUCGCCUCCUGGACGGUGCCCACCACAUUGUGGACUCGUCCGAGCUGGCGUUUAUGUUGGCCGCGCAGGGCGCCAUCAAGAGCGUGUUCGAGAACGGCAGUUGGCAGAUUCUGGAACCGGUCAUGAUGGUGGAGGUCACGGCGCCGGAAGAGUUCCAGGGAACGGUGAUCGGGCAGCUGAACAAGCGGCACGGUAUCAUCACGGGCACAGAGGGAACCGAGGGUUGGUUCACGAUCUACGCCGAGGUGCCGCUGAACGACAUGUUUGGGUACGCGGGUGAGCUGCGGUCGAGCACGCAGGGCAAGGGCGAGUUCAGCAUGGAGUACAGCCGGUACUCGCCGUGCAUGCCGGACGUGCAGGAGCAGCUGAUGCGGGAGUACCAGGCCUCGCAAGGAAUCGCCGUGCCGGACAAGAAGCAGAAGAAGAAGAAUUAAGUGGGGGACGAGCGGAGGAGUGCCGAUCUGUACAUAUUAGGGUUUAACAUUGUGAUAAUAAAUGGAAAUAUUCGACUA